CUCCAGGGACGGGAGAUGGUUUGUCCCACACGACUUCCUGGCUUCCCGCUCCACGUCAUUAGCAUUGCCGUGCCUCCGGAGCGUUCCUCCCACUGACAGGUUGCUGUCACACAGCCACCAUGUUAUCCCAUUCCCGGUGUCUCACCAGGAACUUCGGCAGGUCCCUCUCCAGCCUCCGCCAGGGAAAUCAAGUGUUGGCACGCCGGGCAACCGCAGCGUUGUCGGCGAACCACGUCGUCACUCUCAACAAUGUCAGUGGGGUUCCCCGGUCAAGCGUUUUCCAGAUCCAAUACUUUAGGACAUCUGCAGCCUGCAGGAAUGAAGUUGUCACAGUCAAGACCCCUGCCUUUGCAGAAUCUGUCUCAGAGGGGGACGUGAGGUGGGAGAAGGCUGUUGGAGACACUGUAAAGGAGGAUGAGGUGGUUUGUGAAAUCGAGACUGAUAAGACCUCAGUGCAGGUCCCCUCUCCUGCCGCUGGAGUGAUUGAAGAGCUUCUGAUCCCUGAUGGAGGAAGAGUGGAGGGAGGAACACCUCUCUUCAAACUGCGGAAAGGAGCUGGUGCUCCCCAGGCUGCAGAGGCCCCUAAAGCUACAGAGGCCCCUCCACCCCCUGCUGCUGCGGCCACGCCUCCCCCUCCUCCCCCCCCAGCUGGGGGUCCCAUCCCCACCAGCAUGCCCCCGGUGCCCCCAGUGCCAACUCAGGCCAUGGAGGCCAAGCCAGUCUCGGCCAUCAAGCCCACCACUGCUCCUGUGGCCCCUCACGUGGAGGGAGGAGCAAAAGCAGCCAGGACGGAGAGCAGGGUGAAGAUGAACCGCAUGAGGCUGAGGAUCGCCCAGAGGCUGAAGGAGGCCCAGAACACCUGCGCAAUGCUGACCACCUUCAAUGAGAUCGACAUGAGCAAUAUCUCCGAGAUGAGGAAAGCCUACAAGGAUGGCUUCCUGAAAAAGCACAACACCAAGUUGGGCUUCAUGUCUGCGUUCGUAAAGGCCUCGGCAUACGCCCUGAACGACCAGCCCUCCGUCAACGCAGUGAUCGAUGACGCGACCAAAGAGAUCGUUUACAGGGACUACGUCGACAUCAGCGUGGCGGUGUCCACACCCAAGGGUCUAGUGGUCCCAGUCAUCAGGGGAGUCGAGGGAAUGAACUUUGCUGACAUUGAGAAGACCAUCAACAUGCUGGGAGAAAAGGCCCGUAAUAACCAGCUGGCGGUGGAGGACAUGGACGGAGGCACCUUCACCAUCAGCAACGGGGGGGUGUUUGGCUCCAUGUUCGGGACUCCCAUCAUCAACCCGCCCCAGUCUGCCAUCCUGGGCAUGCACGGCAUCUUCGACCGGCCUGUUGCCAUCGGGGGCAAGGUGGAGAUCCGUCCAAUGAUGUACGUCGCCCUGACCUACGACCACCGCCUGGUCGACGGGAGAGAGGCCGUCACCUUCCUACGCAAAAUCAAGACCGUGGUGGAGGACCCCAGGGUCUUACUCCUGGACAUGUAAGACCCUCCUCGAUCUCCAGCUACUCGGAACACCACCACCACCACCACCCUACACAAGCAUCCGCUGCACCAUCCUGACCAUGGGGAACCUUCCUCUGACUACAGUUGAUUUGUAAUAGCGUCGGUUUACGGAGAGGAGGAGAGGAUAUGAAUAAAGGAGAUGCACGCUGGACAUUGGUAUGACUCCGGUAGAGGAGGGCUAGACUGGGGAGGAGGAAGGCUAGACUGGGGAGGAGGGGGGCUAGACUGGGGAGGAGGGGGGCUAGACUGGGGGGGAGGAAGGCUUGGUGCUAUUCUGGAGGCUGGCUGUUGGGAGUCCAGGGCCACGGCUCUCUUUAGAUCAAAAGGAACUCGGUAUUACUCUUUUGCCAUUUUCUACAUGUAUGGAAUAAUUUUAACAUUGUGUUUUUGGUGGCAUGUGAAGCAGAGUUGAUUUAUUAUUUUGUUGGGGUGAGAUGGAAGAAAGAAGGAUAUAUAAGUUUUGCUGCGACGCAAACGCCAAAGUGUCUCAAAUAAAAAGGUUUUCUGUGGGCA